CGCUCUCUCGCUCUCUCACUCUCUUGCUGUCUCGCAUGCUGUUGGAGAGUCGUCGGCUGCUGCUUCUGCUGCUGCCUGUGCUCAUUUGCUGAUCAUUCGUCGAGUUGUGCAAAACAAAAUCGUUGCGCGUUCCUUUGCUCGUCUCGAUCGAAAUAUUUUUGGUUAAAAAGCAACUGUAACGUAAUUAGUCUCGCUCAGUGCUAGACAAACCGUGCUAUCGUGUGGAUUACUAAAAAGAAAUAAGAAGAAAGAACGAAACUCAAACAGUGACAUGUCAUAUAAGAGCAAUCUUCUGGGCCUGUGCCUGCUGGCCACAGCGCUAAUACUGCAAGUUGUCUGUGCUAACGUUGUGACAAACGAAGUGACCGAUGAUUUCUAUAUGCUGCAAGGCGUGCGUGUGUAUUCAAACGAUCGUCAGUGUACGCUGCUUGGAGGCAUCUGCGUGAAGUCGAGCGACUGCAGCCUGCCGACCACCAACAAGGGUCUCUGCCCCACCAAUGCGCAUCUGGGCGUUGAAUGCUGCUAUGAGCUCCCACGUCAAUGAUUGUAAUCCUUAAACGCCUUUGCAAAUUGCUUCCUAUAUUAAUAAUAUUAAUAGUGUUUGUUUUAUUUUUUUUGUGUAAAUUGAAAUUGGUAUUAUUUGUUGUACUCAUCUAUUGUUCUUGUCUGUCUCUCCACCACCCUCAAUUAACUACUCCACAACACACACACACAUUUUGUACUCCCACAACUGUUUGCCCCCUCCCAACUAUGUUGCCGUUGCAGUGCCGGUUAGACCAGCGCCGUGUACGGAUCACUUGGGAGUGUGCAUGGAUCGAUGCAACCAGAUGCUACAGCGACCUGGCACCGACUGCG